AUGUUCAGAAGAACUUAAUAUAAUAUCUAUUAAAACAUAAAUAAAAUUCUAGACGAAAAUUCAACCCUCAAUCACGGUGCAUUAUGGCUAGGUGAUUAUACAGCAGCAUUAGAUAACUAUUUCAAACUAAAUAAAAAUCAUCUUAAAAAAAAAUACUAAUCUAAAACAGAUAUCAUAAAACCUAAAAAUGACAAAUUUAAUUAUGAAUACUAUAAUCUCGAAAAUGGAAUAAAAGUUUUGAUAGCAGUAGCAAAUAAAACUGAAUAAAUAGGUGCUUCAUUAACUAUAAAAGGUGUAGGUAGUUAUUAAGAUCCUAAAGAUAUCAUUUAUUAUUUUUAUAAUAUCCUCCAAUUGUUGAUGAUAUUAUCUUAAAAGGUAUAUAUAAAAAUGGAUAAAUAAAUGGAAUGA